AUGCACAAACUGUCAAACUUACUAAAGCACCAUUCCAAUUCUGUAGUGGUCCAGUCACAGGUCUCAGUCCCUCUAUGCCCGCCUGCUGUUCUGCCUAGUCAGGCAGAUUUCUACCGCUACCGCAAGCAGCGAGGUGUAAACCUAGGCUCGUGGUUCGUUCUUGAGCGAUGGAUCACAGAUAUGCCUUUCCGUUUCGCCAACGGCCCUGCUCAGAGUGACCUCGAUGUUGCACAGGGCUCCAGGGCUCAGGAAGUGUUGGAACACCAUUGGGAUACUUGGAUAACAGAACAAGACUGGGCUUGGAUUGCUGCAAGGGGAAUCAACACUGUCCGCAUUCCGAUCGGCUACUACCACAUAUGCGGGGCCGACCCCUCAGUCUUGCAAGGAACAGACUUUGCGAACUUUGAACAUGUGUUCCGAGGCGCAUGGGCCAGAAUCACCAACGCGCUCGCUACCGCGCACCGAUACGGUAUCGGGGUACUGUUUGAUUUACAUGCUGCACCAGGAAAACAGAACGCAGACUCUCACUCCGGAACUUCCUCGUCUAACCCGUCCUUUUUCACGAACUCAUAUAACAUGCCGCACACUACCCACAUCUUGUCUACAUUCCUCUCCCACUUGACUGCGUUUGCCAACUCCCACGCUCCGCCGCUCUCGAACCUCGUUGGCAUUGAGCUGCUUAACGAGCCCCAACCGCAGUCACACAACAGCGCGCUACAAAAGUGGUACCUCGACACGUUCCGCGAGAUGCGGACGAUCGACCCCGGCGUGCCGCUGUAUAUCGGUGACGCAUGGAUGACGGAUCAGUAUGCGGACUUCCUAGGCGGCGCCGCGGUGCACUUUGCCGUGCUGGACCAUCAUCUCUAUCGCUGCUUCACACCCGGAGAUGCCUCGACGCCCGUGUCACAACACACGCACGCCCUCAGAGAUCCGAACGAGUGGGCUCCGCAAAUGUUCUCGAGGGUGUCGCAGAAGCUGGAAGGCGCCGGGUGUGCGCUCGUCGUGGCAGAAUGGUCUGGUGCGCUCAAUCCUGGUUCACUGCAGUGCGUGGACGACGAGAAUCGGGCCAAGCGCGAGUACGUGGAAGCCCAAAUACAGCUGUAUGAUCGGUAUUGUGCAGGCUGGUUUUUCUGGACGUACAAAAAGGAACAUAGGGGAGAUAGGGGGUGGUCACUGCGGGAUGCUGUGGAUGCUGGAAAUUUCCCGUCUUCAGUAGGCCUGGUAGCGCGCACGUCGGUGAUAUACGACACGGACCACAGUGCUAGGAGAGAUGCGGCAAGAGAUCUGGCACUUGGUCAACACUCCUCCUACUGGUUGCAGUACCCAGGCAGUUAUGAGCAUUGGAGAUUUAGUGACGGUUUCUUGAAGGGGUGGGAAGACGCAUACAUGUUUUUCUCUGCGUUAGGCCCUGCACCACACUCUGCACCUACUCCAGAGCUGGGCUUCAAGGGCCCAUGGGCAAAGAGAAGGGUGCAAGAACACGCGAGAGACAAGGGGCAGAACAACCUCUGGGAAUAUGAACAUGGAUUUUCGCAAGGCGCAGCGGCAGCUCGUGAAGACUUUGAGAGGGUGCAUUGCUAA